UAGAUAAACUGAAAAAAAGGGCAGGCACAUAAAACAUCCGCGAACAGGAAGCGUGAGAACAAGAGGACAAGCUCACUACAGGGCAUAAAGUACGCUUCAAAUGAUCAAACAAUCGGACAGUUGGAAGUUAUUUAGACUGAGGCGAGGCAACAAUCCUGAUGAACCACACAAACCAAACAGAGGAAGACCUCUUCUCCUGCUACAGUCCAUCGGUCGUAGGUUACCGAUACUUUGCUGUGCUGUGGGGAUGUGCUGUGACCAUCAUCGGUACGUUAGGGAACCUGAUGACCAUUCUAAUCUUCACCUUAGACCCACGUCUGAGGACUCGCUUUAAUGCACUCAUCAUCAACCUGGCUGUAGCUGACCUCCUAUACUGCACCAUACUGCAGCCUAUCUUAGUUGACUCGUAUUUACACCUCAGGUGGCGCAGUGGUCAGCUCUGGUGCAGCAUCGUUGGACUGCUCCUUUUCCUCUCCAACUCUGUGUCCAUCAUCACCCUUUGCUUGGUAGCAUUGAGCAGAUAUCUCCUGGUUGCAAAAAGGGCCAUGUUUGACCGUAUCUUCUCCAACCAUGGUCUUAUUUUACUCCUGAUGUCAGUGUGGGCACUAGGUCUUGCCAGCGUUGGCCCACUCUGGCAUGUUUACGUGUUUGUGCCACAAGUGUGCACAUGCAGCUUCCAUCGGACCAGGGGUCGACCCUACACCACCAUCCUGCUUUUUGUCUACUUCUUUGUUGGUUUGGGCUGUGUUGGCGUAUUCUACCUCCUCAUUUACAGACAUGUCAUGAUUGCAUCGCAAGCUCUGGUCCGCUACAGAUUCAGCCGAAGGUCAUCUAGAAGGAAUGCAGCGCCUUCAUCACAGGGGACUGAUGACAGUGGUGUAGAGACUGGUAUUGUCAACACAUGUAGCUGUGAACUGAGCAGCAAGCUGGAAAAAAACCCAAACCAGGAAGAGAUCACCUGUAAUAAGUGCUCCCAAUCUACACAGGCCUCAACUACUGCUUCAAAUCCACCCAUUGAUACCGUCUCGAUACCAGCUUCACCGACACCUGCUCCCCAAAUCGCAGCACCUUCGAACUCCACAGCCUCAAGUGGAGAUGAUAAGGACAUGAAGCGUGUAACUUCCAUGUGUUUAAUUGUUUUCCUGUGUUUUGUAUUCUGCUUUGUUCCAUUCCUGUUGAUCAACAUAGCCGACAAACACAACCGUGCUCCACAGUUACUUUACAUGUUCUGUACAAACCUAACCUGGCUCAACAGCUGUAUCAACCCAAUACUUUAUGCUGUCAUGAACAGACAGUUUCGCCAAGCCUAUUACAUACUGCUCACCAGGGCUGUUGCAUAAUUUACCUGCCAGAGAUCCUGAUUUACUCCAACUUGCCGAGUGCUAAUUGUAAAACAUAAACCCAGACACCAGCGAUUUUAGGAUCAGAUCUUAAGGGGGUGCUCAACUCCUAAAUAAAAUGUGACAUUUUGAGAUACUAUAUAAUCCUCCUGCUAAACCACUAACUUCAAGAACAAUAAAUAUUUUCCUACAUGUAAAAAUGUUAUUCAUAACAUGAAGUCACACAUAUUUUACACUACAUAAUAGUUUUAAGGAGAUGAAAGUAGAAAUGAGCUGUUUUUGCAAAAGCUUUAAAUUGGUACAGGUAGUAUUAUUGUUAUUAUGAAAUUAUUAUUUGUACAUUAUUUUGUAAGCAGUUCAGCAUAACUCUUCUCAUUGUUGAGCCAUAUUUUAAUGCCAAUACCAUUAUACUAUUAUAUCAAUGUUUUGAAUGCAGGGCUUUUAAAUGUAACAUGCAUCUCAACCUUAUUUAUAAUAACUACUUUUACUAAAGUAAAUUAUCUUGACAUUUUUAGGAUGGAAGUAAGGGUCCUAAAAUAAGCUAAAUCUUAAUAUUUUCUCACUGAAAAUAACCUACCUUUUGCAUCUCUGGGGUUUUUCUGCUAUUCGUGAGUAAGAAAAUGAAAUAUUUUCUUACGCAUCCUGACAGGGAAUUAUCAUUUAGAAUUUAGGAAUACUGCAGCUGGUAAAAUGAUAUUUAACAUUCUCACCUUUACUGUCGUGAAAUAUAUAUUAUUAUAUUACACAUGAUAUUAUUAUAAUCGACUAGUGAUGAAGACUCUUCUGUUAAAGGAUGGUGUAAAGUCAUGUCAGAACUGGUUUACCUUAGAAUAACUUGCAAGUACUUUACAUGCAAAAAAUAAAAACAGUAUAACAAAGUCUGGCAGCCCUAUCUGAAUUAUCUUGGGCUGGCUCUCUCUGCCAUUGUCAACAAGGAUUCUCCUCAAUCUGAAUUGUAACAUAUAGGGCAAGGGGAGUAGCAAUCCUUUUUCGUAAUAAUGUCCCCUUUCUACUUAAAUCCAGAAUUUCAGAUCCAAAUGGGAGAUUUAUUCUUAUUUCUGGAUAUAUUAAUUCAUUCCCAAUUACUUUGUUAAACAUAUGGCCCAAAUUCUGACGAUCCUACAUUUUUUCGUGAAGUUUUCGAAUUACUUCCAGAGGAUGGGUCCUCCAAUAUUCUCAU